AUGGCAUUUGCCCAAUCACACAUCAUGACGGCUAGAAGGCACCAACACAGUCGACUCAUAAUCGAAGUAGAUGAGUAUAGCUCCAAUCCAACACAGGCUUUCACCUUCUACAACAUUAAUCAGGGACGUUUCCAACCCCCACAUGUACAAAUGGUAGAUCCUGUUCCACACGAUGCUCCCAGACCUCCAGGAUACACCCGUUUUGUUUGCGUGUCUGAUACUCACUCCAGAACAGAUCCCAUUCAGAUGCCAUAUGGAGAUGUAUUAAUUCAUGCUGGUGAUUUCACUGAACUGGGACUUCCUAGUGAAGUGAAGAAAUUCAACGAAUGGUUAGGUAGCCUACCGUAUGAAUACAAGAUUGUGAUAGCAGGUAAUCAUGAGCUGACAUUCGAUCAAGAGUUCAUGGCAGACUUAAUCAAGCAGGACUUUUAUUAUUUUCCCUCAGUAUCAAAACUGAAGCCAGAAAGUUAUGAAAAUGUGCAGUCUCUCUUAACGAACUGCAUAUACCUGCAGGAUUCAGAAGUAACAGUCAGAGGCUUCAGGAUAUAUGGUUCUCCAUGGCAACCUUGGUUUUAUGGCUGGGGCUUUAAUCUUCCGCGAGGCCAAGCACUCUUAGAGAAAUGGAACCUAAUUCCAGAUGGAAUAGACAUUCUUAUUACACACGGACCGCCUCUUGGUUUUCUAGAUUGGGUUCCUAAGAAAAUGCAAAGGGUAGGCUGUGUUGAGCUGCUGAAUACAAUCCAGAGACGAAUACAACCACGACUUCAUGUUUUUGGACACAUUCACGAAGGUUACGGUGUUAUGGCUGAUGGAACGACUACCUACGUAAAUGCUUCUGUCUGUACCAUGAAUUAUCAGCCGUUGAAUCCACCUAUAGUAAUUGAUUUACCUACUCCAAGAAACACAUAAUUGUGCCAGAAUGGAAAUAUGUCAUUUAUGCCAACGUAAGAGCCAAGUAACCAUGAAAUUGUUGCAUUAUUUUUAUUGUUCUUUAUAGACAACGCGGAAAAAUAGAAAUGGACAAGUAACAAAGGCAUUUGGCAUCACAACCUCCUGAAAAUGUAUUCCUGGAUUUAGCAUUUCAUUGUUUUAAAAAAAUUGUUAAUAUGAAAAAGGAAACAACUUCUGCAUUAUAGACAUUGCUGCAUUUUGUAUAUUCCAUAUGCUGUAUUGAAUUUAUGAAAGGACACGUCUCUUCAGCAACAUGAUUUGUAAUGAAUGCUUGCAAUUUUAUAUGUGUGUUCAGUAACAG